AUGCCGGCAGGUGGACGAUUACUUCGUCGCAUGCUGCUCCCUGGAGCCGUCGUGACGACAGGAGCUGUCCUGGUCUACAGCUAUCGGCCGCGAAACAUUCCUGGCCAUUCAUCAGCCGCGGUACCGGCGCCGACAUAUGCCCCCGAUGGCUCCUUUACGAUGCCACGAUUCCCGCACGUCAAGUCCCGCCAAGAGCAGCUUGACGCUCUGCGCCUGAGCGGCAGCGGCUCUGCCAACGAAGAAUAUGAUAUGCUUGUGAUUGGCGGCGGCGCUACUGGUGCCGGUGUUGCUCUCGAUGCCGUUACUCGCGGUCUCCGUGUUGCUGUCGUGGAACGUGAUGACUUCAGUAGCGGAACCAGUAGCAAGAGCACAAAGCUGGUCCAUGGUGGUGUUCGGUACCUUGAAAAGGCCGUAUGGAACCUCGACUACAACCAGUACAAGCUUGUCCGCGAGGCCCUCACGGAGAGAAAAUACUUUUUGCAAACGGCGCCUCACCUUUCCAUGUGGCUUCCGAUUAUGCUGCCGCUGGAUAAAUGGUGGAAGGCACCCUACUACUGGGCCGGAACCAAGUUUUACGAUAUUCUGGCUGGAAGCGAAGGUAUCGAGAGCUCCUACUUUCUUACACGCAGCAAGGCUCUCGAGGCCUUUCCGAUGCUCAAGCAGACGGACUUGGUUGGCGCUCUCGUCUACUACGACGGAGCCCACAAUGACUCCCGUAUGAAUGUAUCCAUCGCCAUGACAGCUGCUCUCUAUGGUGCCACUGUCGCAAACCAUACCGAAGUCACCGGACUCUUGAAGGACGACAAUGGCCACCUCUGUGGUGCUAAGCUCCGUGACAAUAUUGCCGUUCGCGAUGGCAAACCUGCUGAGGACUUCAUGGUACGCGCGAAGUGCAUUGUUAAUUGCACAGGCCCGUUUACAGAUGCUAUUCGCAAGAUGGACGACGAAAACUGCAAGGAAAUCGUUGCGCCAUCCUCGGGCGUUCAUGUCAUCUUGCCUGGCUACUACAGUCCCGGUAAAAUGGGUCUGUUGGACCCAUCUACCUCAGAUGGCCGUGUGAUCUUCUUCCUCCCUUGGCAAGGCAAUACCAUUGCUGGCACGACAGACUCGCCUUGUGCAAUUACCCCCAACCCUGUCCCGGAUGAGGAAUCUAUCAAAUGGAUCCUAGACGAAAUUCGAGGCUAUUUAUCUCCCGAAAUCCGCGUCCGCCGCGGCGACGUUUUGGCCGCCUGGUCGGGUAUACGACCUCUCGUCAAGGACCCCAAAGCCAAGAACACCGAAUCGCUUGUGCGCAACCACCUCACAGAUGUUUCUCAUUCUGGACUUUUGACCUGCGCUGGCGGAAAAUGGACCACAUAUCGUCAGAUGGCCGAAGACUGUGUCGAUGUUGCUGUCGAGGAAUUCGGUCUCAAGACCCAGGCAGUUGAGAAUGCCCCGCGAGUUAGUGGAACCAAUCAUGUAGAUGAUGGCGCCAUCCUGGACGGCAAGUGUCAAACGCACAACGUGAGAUUGAUUGGAGCACACGGCUUCAGCAAGACACUCUUUAUUCCCCUGAUUCAGUACUUUGGCGUCGAAACCGAGGUUGCCAAGCAUCUUACUGAGAGCUACGGAGAUCGUGCAUGGUCAGUCGCUGCUCUUUGCAAGCAAACGAAUCAGCGUUUUCCUGCUCGCGGCGAGCGCAUCUCACAGCUUUACCCCUUUGUGGACGGUGAGGUGCGAUAUGCUUGCCGGCACGAAUAUGCACAGACGCCCGUCGAUAUUCUGGCACGACGCACGCGCUUGGCCUUUCUCAGCGCACAAGCAGCCCUGGAGGCUCUUCCCAAGGUCAUCGAUAUCAUGGCAGAGGAGCUAAAGUGGGAUCGUCGCAGGCAAGAAAAGGAAUGGGAGGACACCGUCGACUUUCUCAAGUACAUGGGUCUACCCCAGCCAAUGUUGUCGGCCACCCGCAAGCAGGUUGAGCAAGGCAAGCUCGACUUUGCGAACUCGCUUGAGUGGAACAUGUACUCGCGACACGACAAGCCCCAAGAAGACUAG